CUGAUCAGCUAUAGCGAUCCAUUUUGGGUGUUCCUUUUAUCCUUGCAGUUCGUCUUGCCGCUGACCUGGCAGUCUGGAUAGAUCACCUAUCAAGUUAAACGACUCUAGACAUUACGACACAGGAAGGAUGUUUUCUUCAUACGUUUCCGGAAACUAAAAACACGGGAGGAAAAAAUGUGAAGACCGAAUCAACUUGCGCGGACUUUAACACCAGCUCGGUGAAUCCAUUCACAUGCAGUAAACAUUUUGUUGGGUUGUCAUGGUCUUUCAGAGGACAAAGAGUGAGGGAGAGAUCCGUCUUUCUUGGAAGUGAAGAGCCGUGGGAGGAAGUACAAGAGAGGGGGAAUCAGGAUAAGAAUCUUUGCCAAAUCAAGGCCCACCACAACCCUCGGCGACACUCGCCGCAGGACGCCCACUCGCUACUACCGUCUGCUUUUUUAUCUUCAGAUCUGAGACCACCACAAAGGCCAGCAUGAAGUUCAUUAUUCAGACGCUUAUUGCAACUGCUUUCAUGCGGAUCACAUGUUGUGAGGAGGUGAUCUACGUAAAAAAGGGCGACGAGGUCACCCUGAGGCUGGAUUCGUCCGAACCCACCGUCAAUUACUUGUACUGGUCACACAGUAACCUCCCUCAAGGCUAUCUGGUCUGGCUGAACCCUAUGGCUUUUUGGUCAUAUACUAAAGAUAAACGCUGGGAAGGAAGGUUGACUGUGUUCAACGACGCACUGAAGAUCAAAGAUGUCCGAGAAGACGACUUUGGCAGCAUUGUUUUUAAAAGACGAACUAAACAUGAUAAUAGUGCUGUUGUAGUGAAGAGUUUUAGAAUCUCCAAAAUCACAGUGUCUGUCAAUUCCACGUAUUCUCCUCCGCUCUAUGACGAAACCGUGAUACUUUCCUGUCUUGUGGACACACCUCAAAGUCACCGGACACCCGACAUAUACUGGUUAAGUCCAAAGGAAAAGAGGCUUUUUCAGACAGGGGGAAAACUACCAGUGAAUGUCAGGGGCCGAGACAAUGGGCUGUGGACCUGCAUUGUUGUAAAGGAGCACGGGCAGGACAGUGCUUCAGUUGAUGUUACAGUUCUUGACUUCUCCCCAUCCCCCGAGUACCCACUGUACAUUCCAGAACAGUCGUCUUUCAGCAUCCUCUGCCCCUUUGCCCCUAACGUCUUUUGGGAACAAUUCAAAAGUAGAGGAGACCUGGAAGUUUUCUGGGACUACUCCCCAGAUCUCUUCUUCCGUCAUAGCUUAAAUGCAGGGAAAAUCUUGCACUUCUCCCCGAAGACGGAGGAACUGGGCUGGAGGUCAACAGGCAGGGGAAUUAAUUUCACUGCAGACAUCAAAAAGCACAACUUGAUUUUGAGCAAACGACAGUGGCAAGUAGAAGACAGAGGAUACUACAGGUGUCAUCUGAAAUAUGGCAGAACCAGGUCACUGCACAGAGUUGUUAAAGUUGAGGUGCUACAGGUUGUCUCCUCUGCGGGAUCAAAUCUUCUCAGUGGCCAGAAAGUCAAUCUAACUUGCAGCCUGGGCAACCCCUUGCCCAAAGACCACUGGGUGAAGUGGUUCCCUCCUGAGCGUUCCAUCACGCCGUUUCUUCCCACUGGGCAUCCGGACCCCGCCGUCAUCGUCAUUCCAGAAGCGGCACCCUCAGACGCCGGUAGAUGGAGGUGCGAACUCUGGCGUAAUGACACGAGGUUGACGUCCGCUGCCAUCACGUUGACCGUCAGCCAACAAUCGAGCAUGUGGAUGCCGAUUAGCGUAUGCGGCGCUUCAGUCAUCAUUGUCGUUCUUCUCAUCCUUAUUUGCAUCACCUGGAGAAACAGACGACGGAAGACGCACCGCCGCCCAUAUCGCCUCUGCCGCUGCAAACACCCAAAGCCCAAAGAAUUCAACAGAAGAUGACGUGACACGUGGUGGCUCAAAAUAAGGAUUGCACUGUAAAACAUAUGAGUUAUGUCAUGUUGCGUGUUGAUGAUGAAAGAUGUGGCCGAAAGAGCUAGGCACCUUAACCCUUUUAUGCAUGAAAUAUGAUUAUUAUUUUUUAACACAGCGCAUUCAUUCGAAUCAUUGGCUGCCAUUGCUUAUUAAAGUUAACAAUGAUUGACAGACGUUAAGAUUUGAUCUCGCCAAAGAUGCUUGAAAGCCAAAACUUCAAAGCGCCUCAUUCGUCAAUAAUUGUUUAAAUUUGUAAACAGUUGCUUUGGCACCUCAUUGCGUUUAAGUGAGCAGCUUGAGCGGACUCACUCAAUGAAGCAUUACUUUGUUUUUGUUUAAAAAUAAUUCGGUGGGACGGUAACAUGUUUAAGAAUUAUUAUUAUAAUUAUUGCAUUUGUAGUACUUAAAAAACGUUUAUUAGAAAAAAAUAUAUAUACUAUACAUAUAUACAUAUAUAUAUAUAUAUAUAUAUAUAUAUAGGGCUGUCAAAAUUAUCGCGUUAACGAGCGGUAAUUAAUUUUUUAAAUUAAUCCCGUUAAAAUAUUUGACGCAAUUAACACACAAAUGCCCCGCUCAAACAGAUUAAAAUGUCAGCACAGUGAAAGGUGUACUUGUUGUGUUUUUCUGAGUUUUGCCGCCCUCUGCUGGCGCUUGGGUGCGACUGAUUUUAUAGGCUUCAGCACCCAUGAGCAUUGUGUAAGUAAUUAUUGACAUCAACAAUGGGGGGCUACUAGUUUAUUUUUUGAUUGAAAUUUUUACAAAUUUUAUUAAAACGAAAACAUGAAGAGGGGUUUUAAUAUAAAAUUUCUAUAACUUGUACUAACAUUUACCUUUUAAUACUACAAGUCUUUCUAUCCAUUGAUCGCUUUAACAGAAUGUUAAUAAUGGUAAUGCCAUCUUGUUGAUUUAUUGUUAUAAUA